GCAAAAGGAAACUUUCUGGAAAGAUGCGUUCCAGCCCGUUACAUCCUCGGCAUUCUAGGAUCCAUAGGAAUGGCCAUAAUAUACGGAUUAAAGGUCAACCUUUCCGUAGCUAUAGUGGGCAUGUUGAAUCAUACCGCUAUCAAGAUGGCUGCCGUCAUCAAUGAUACCCACGAUGUGAACAAAACUUUACCAGUUGAUCCUGAACGUGCUAAGGUAGCAGACGGACCUUUCGAAUGGUCAUCGCAGAUUCAAGGCAUCAUUUUAAGUUGCUACUUCUGGGGUUACUUGGUCUCGCAGAUGCCUGGUGGCCGCAUAGCAGAAAUAUUAUCAGCUAAAUGGGUGAUGUUCUUCAGUGUUACUAUCAACGUAAUAUGUACUCUGCUCACCCCUGUCAUGGCUCAGGCUCACUAUAUUGCUGUCAUAUUCAUGCGUGUUGGGGAAGGCAUAGGAGGAGGAGUAACAUUCCCAGCGAUGCAUGUUCUGCUGUCGAAGUGGGCACCGCCAGCUGAGCGAAGCGUGCUGUCCACUUUGGUGUACGCUGGAACUGCAUUAGGAACUGUAAUUUCUAUGUUCAUGGCCGGAGUACUUACUGACAAUUUGGGUUGGGAGAGUGUCUUUUACGUGAUGGGUGGUCUAUCUUGCAUCUGGUGCAUCCUGUGGGUGAUUCUGGUGCAGGAUUCGCCGCAGCAGCAGUCGAUUAUAAGCGUCGAAGAGAGAAACAUGAUCGUCACCUCAUUGGGCGGGACAAAUGACGACCGUGGACAUAAGAAACUACCUGUACCAUGGCAUGCAGUGCUGCGUUCAAAACCAUUCUGGGCUAUUUUGGUAGCACACACCUGCUCCAAUUGGGGAUGGUAUAUGUUACUUAUCAAGCUUCCUUCGUACAUGCACGACGUGCUUCAUUUGAAUAUGAAUGAGAUUGCAGUGGCUACAUCUCUUUCAUUCCUUUGUUUGUGGUUCUUCAGUAUGGCUUUGAGCAAAACUCUAGAUUGGCUCCGAGGCAAAGAAAUAAUUACCACAACUACCGCCAGGAAAACUAGUACUUUGAUUGCAUCCGUGGUACCUACUGUGUGCCUACUAGCAAUCUGCUUCAGCGGUGACAGCCGCGGUGCACCUGUAGCCCUCAUGGCCAUCGCAGUCACCAGCUACGGAGGCAUGUUCUGCGGAUUUUUAUCUAACCAUAUCGACAUUGCGCCCAACUACGCAGGAUCUUUGAUGGCAAUAACAAACACUGUUGCUACGAUUCCCGGUAUUGUGGUUCCAGUCUUCGUUGGGAGCUUUAUUGACAACAAAAUAUAA